AUGGCUGCCAUCACAGUUCAGCCUCUGUCCUCCACCACCGAGGGUUCCGGCAUCAAGUUCGGCGCCGUCGUUGACAACGUUGAUAUUGAGAAUCUCACGGAUGCCGAUUUCGAUGUGAUUCGUAAUGCCCUUUUCAACAACCAGGUCCUGGUCUUCAAGAACCAGAGCCAUGUCACCCCCAAGGCACAGUUCGAGCUCACCCGCCGCUUUGAUCCUGCCGGCACAUCAUAUGGCCACGGCAAGACCAUCGACGCGAAGCGCUCCAUCCUGCACCCAGACCUGAAGACCAUCCCCCACCAGCCUCAAGUCCAGGUGAUCGGCAACGGCUUCGUGCCAGAGUACGAGGGUCUCAAGAACAUCCAGCUCCGCCACCCACACCACAAGACCUUCCACGCAACCUCGAUCCCAGCCGAGGAGGACCUCGACUUCACACGCUUUUACAGGUGGCACAUCGACGCUGCUCUGUACGGCCUCGCCCCACCCAUCGUGACGACCCUCCUCGCCGUUAAAGUCCCUGGCGGCCGUCGCCAGAUCUGCCGUUACGACGACGGCACAGGCGACGAGAUGGAGGUGCCCCUUGGCACGACAGCCUUUGCGAGCGGCUACGAGAUGUUCGACGCCCUGUCGCCCGAGGACCAGGCCUUUGCCCGCUCCACGCGCGUCGAGUACGCCCCACACCCAUACAUCUGGAUGAGCGGUGCCCGGUCGCGGUCCACAGGCUUGGGCCUGGAGACGGAAGGCAAAGAGAUUCCUCUUGACCAGCUGCCCGAGAUCGAGGAGGACAAGAUCCAGAUCCUGCCCAUGUGCUGGCGGAACCCCGUCAACGGGAAGCUGGCCCUGCAAGUGCAUCCUUCUGCCGUGCGCAAGCUGCACCUCGCGGAUGGAACCGUCGUCGAUGACCUGGGCAAGGUGCGCGAGACGGUCUACCGCCUGCAGAGGCAAGGGAUCGCGCCCGGCAAGAUCUACGCGCACGACUGGCAGGAGGGUGACCUGGUGCUGUUCCACAACCGGGGACUCAUCCACAGCGUCGUCGGCGCAUUUGCUGAGGACGAGGUCCGUCUGUUCCGCCAGUGCAAUAUUGCUGCGAGUCACCUGCCUGAAGGUCCCGUGGAGGUCGCACAGGCUGCUUAGAAGAGUGUAGAGUUUUCACGAGAUGGCUUUUCUUUUUACAAUUUGCUAGAAUAGAGAAUUUACAGCGUUUCCAUGUU